CGCGGCCCCGCCAGCUACUUCUACCUGCCGCCCAUGAAGCUGCGGGCGCUGGCGCUCAGGGUGGCCCUCACCGUGAAGCUCUCGCAGGACGACCUGCGCCUGGUGGAGAGCCUGGAGCUGCCCACGGCGGAGCCGCGGUACCUGCUGGAGCUGGCGCGGCACCGGCGCUGGGGAUCCUCCGUGCUCCUCGUGGACGUGUGCUCCCAGGCGCUUCCAGGUCUCAACGUGUACAGCAUGCUGAAGCACCAGACGCUCGUGCUCACGCUGGACACCGUGGAAUUCCUGGAGGAGAAGCUGCUCUGGCACGACGUGCGCUACGCUCCGCUCUAUCCCUUCUCCAUGCCCUACCGCGACUUCCCRUAGCCCGCGGAGCCGGGAUGCGCUCCGGGCGCCGCGCUCCCGACGGGAUAAUAAAGCA